CUACUGUAGCGUCGAACAGACGACGCUUUGAAAACUCGUUGUGUCUUGUUUGGUGGAUUGGUUCCAAAUUCACAGUCUUCGAGAGAAAUUAAACAAAUAAACACAAAAUCGUCAUGCCGCCGUAUGGAACUAAAAAAUUUGAAAAUUCAGGAUCUGAAGAUGAGAAAUCCUCAGAAAGUGAUUCUGACAGUAGUGCUGGUAGCGGUUCAGAAAGCAAGUCAGAAGCAGGGUCUGUACGCAGUGGACAUUCGGCAGCUUCUAAAUCCGGAUCAGCAAGCUCUUCAAGAUCUGCCGGGAGUCCGGUACAAGCCAGGAGCAGAAGUCAAAGUGCAGAAAGUGGAUCUGGUAGUGAUGAUAAUGAAGAUGGAGAUUUGGUUCUAGACGAAAGAAAGAGCAGAAGUCAGAGCAGAAGCAAAAGUAGAAGCAAAAGUAGAAGCAAAAGUAGAAGCAAAAGUAGGAGCAGAAGCAAAAGCAGAAGCAAAAGCAGAAGUAGGAGCUCAUCCAGUUCCAGCUCUGCCAGUGCAGCCAGCCACCAUUCUGAAGAAGAAAAAGGUGGAAAAGACACAGCACAAUCAACCCCUGCACAGGAAGAUACCAAAAAGAAGACGAAACGCAUAGUUGAUAGCGAUGCCGAUUCGUCUUCAAACUCUGAUGCCGGAGAGAAAGGAAGAACAUCGGGAAUGGCCAGCCCAACUGCCGAAGCCCUCUUCGGUGAAAAUGUAGAUAUGUCUUCAGAGGAUGACGAUGAUGAUGAGGGUGCCAAACCCACACAAAAGCUCCCUGAGAAAGCUGACAGUGAUGCUGACCAGCACAGCAAUGCUGAUCGCAGAUCUCCUGAUGAAAUGGAUCAAGAUGACGCUUUUGGUGGCCGUGAAAAAGAAAAGGAACCCGAAGAGCCAGUUCCAGAGACAAAGAUUGAGCAUGAAAUUCCUUACAUCCGCGCUGAUGUGGGCAAGGAAUUCCACUUUGUCAAAUUACCCAAUUUCUUAUCAGUUGAACCGCGACCUUAUGACCCUGAAACAUACGAAGACGAACUCGAAGAAGAGGAGACUCUCGACGAAGAAGGUCGAGCCCGUCUCAAACUCAAAGUUGAAAAUACCAUCCGCUGGCGGACGGCUUUCGACAAGGAUGGAAAUGCCUUUAAAGAAAGCAAUGCUCGAAUGGUGAAAUGGUCUGAUGGCUCACUUUCGCUCCAUCUCGGCUCGGAAAUUUUCGACGUUUACAGACAACCCCUCCAGGCAAAUCACAACCAUCUAUUCAUUCGCCAAGGUACCGGUCUUCAAGGGCAGGCGGUAUUCCGCACAAAACUGACUUUCCGUCCUCAUUCCACCGAUUCGUUCACCCAUCGAAAGAUGACCAAGUCGCUUGCCGAACGUUCCACAAAGACGUCCGCCAUUAAAAUCAUUGGCGCAGUUGGUGCAGAUCCUGAAGCUAAUCGUGGAGAAAAGAUUAAGAAAGAGGAAGAACGUUUACGAGCCUCAGUAAGACGCGAGUCUAAACAGAAGCGUAUCCGUGAACGAACAGCCACCGGCCGUGGUAUGAGCGGUGGAUACUUAGAGCCUGAUCGUGAGGGAUACGAGGAUUCAGAAGACGAAGGUGGAAUUUCCCUGACAGCUAUAAAGAAGCAAUUCAAACGAGGAGGACCUCGAGACGCUUCGCAUCAAAGGCCCCCGAUCUAUUCCUCUGAAGAAGACGCAUCAGAUAUUGAAGAUCGUAAGGCAAAGAAGCUUGAGCGUGCCAAAGCACUGCCGGAUGACGAUGACAAUGAAUCCAAUGAUGACGCAGGAGGCAUCACCGUGGGCGCUUGCCUGGAAGCAGUGUCUUCAAAAGGUACGGCUGUAUCGUAUCCUCCUUUACUUUGCAUGUGGUUCUGCAAUGCUACUAGAUGCCUCGUACCCAUUGCCACGUCGCUUGAGCCUAUGCUUUCCAUUCGUGUCGGUAUUCCUGCUACCGCCGUGUAUGUCACAACUCAAGAAGGACUCUGGGGUACACAGGAGGAAACCUUCUUGUUUUACAAAAAUGUCGAGGAAAUCCUGCCCGGAAAAGAAAUUGUCAUCUCAAAAGAUCAGGAGGAUAAACUGACGGCAGUUUUAGAGAAGAUGAGAAUCUGGUCAGACCCAAACUAUGUUCCGCUCGCUGUCAGAUGGAAUAAUGGGGUUAUUAAAGCAGUGGCAUUUCUUGACACAUUACCAGAAGAAGCCAAGAAGCUCCUGAACUAAACACUGUUUCAUGUGAAGCUGUAUUUUGUAAAUUAUGGUUUGUCAACUAGGAAUAAAGCUAUAGUAAAAACUUGAGAAA